AUGGUUCCAAAGACCCAGAAAGCUCUCGUCGUCACCGAGGUCGGCAAGCCUCUGGUCCUCGUCACAGAUCAUCCUGUCCCCCAACCGGGCUCAGACCAGGUCCUGAUCCGCGUCACGGUCGCCGGGCCAAACCCGCACGACCAGAAAGCCCGUGACCACGGCCUCUUCAUCGCCCAGUCUCUGCCCGCCAUCCUCACGAACGACAUUGUGGGCGAAGUCGUGGCCCUCGGACCGAAUGCCACAAAGUACGCCGUCGGCGACCACGUCGUCUCUCACGCCGGGUUCGACAAGGUGUAUGCCCAGAACGGGCUGCAAGAGUACGCUGUCGUCGACGUCGACGCCUCGGCCAAGAUCCCCAAGGGAUUCACCGACGACGACGGCGCCACACUGCCCACCAACGUGAUUGCCCCGCUUGUCGCGCUGUUCGAUGCUUCAACCCUGGCGAUCCCCGCUCCCUGGACCGAUGCCGCCUCAAGCUUUGACUACAAGGGGACCACGCUGCUGGUCAUGGGUGGCGGGAGCAACUGCGGAAGAUUCGGUGUGCAGCUCGCCGCACUGGCUGGGAUCGGGCGCAUCGUCGUGGUCGGCGGCGACGAGGCCGAGUUGAGAUCCUACGGCGCCACAGAUAUCAUUGACCGCCACGCCUCGCCCGAGGAGCUCACCAAGCGCAUCCGCGAUCUCGUCGGCGACGAAUUGCUGUACGCCUACGACGCCAUCAACCCGCCCGCGACGCAAACCAUCGCGAUCAACGCACUCUCGUCCACCAAGAAGGGCAGACUCGCCCGCUUGCUCCCCACCGGACCCGUUGACGAGUCUCAGGUCCACGCGAAAAAGGAAGGCUACGAACUACUCAACACCUUUGGCAGUUCUCAAGCCAAGCCCGACGUUUCUAGGCCGUUCUGGGAGCGUGUCCCGCAGUACCUGCUGGAAGGGAAGUUGAAGCCGAGUGCGUACGAGGUGGUCAAGGGGCUGGACGUGGACAAGGUGAACGAACUCCUGGAUCGGUACCGGGACGGGAAGAGGGUGGUGAAGACACACUUCCACGUUUCGGAGUGA